AUGUCUGACAUCGACUCCACCGUGGUCGUAUACAAGGUCGGCCAGUACCAGUUCUCCGAAGACCUCUGCAUCGGGGUGUACGACGGCACCGGCUUUGACAGCGGCACAUGCGACGCUCUUGCGCUUCAAAACAAAACCGACCAGUUCAAAGGCGUCAGUCUGAGCCAGGUGGUAAUCCGCAAUAACACGAUACCAGUCAACGCCCACGACUUUUCGGGUAUCACAAAGGUGCUUGACGCCAACAGCCAGGCGCAGUGCGUGAUGACGGGCGAGGACUCGGCCACAUGCUGGGUGUGGGAUGCAGCGCUGCGCGAGAAUACACAGCGAUGCAAUGUCAAGGUUGGCAAGUCGCCCGAGUGCAGCCAGGCGUACAAGCGCAGGAGCCCGGACGGCUUUAGCUAUUCGCGCGCGCCAUCCGCCCUGUCUGCAGGCAGGGCACUAGUGUUUGGUAUGCUGCUUGCUGCCUUGCUCGUCUGA